GUAAGCCUCGGUCCCCGGUAAACAUAAACAAACAAGUACGACCGCUGCAAGUUUGGCUGUUUCCCCGAUAAUUUCGCUGUUUUCCGAUUUUCCCGUGCCAUUUCGCCGGCUUGAAAUAGGCAGAUUAGUCCAUAAUGGACAUCGUGUACGCUGUAAGCGCGAGACAAUCCAGCCCGUCAAAGUUAAGCCAAGCGUCCGAUUUCCUGCACGAAGGGCCUACGCUGUGCUCGAUUUCCAGCAGAAAUGUAGUGGCCUUCACAACAACUUGCGAGUUGAAUGACAUCAGGGGCAGUACGUUCGGCUCUCACGUCUAUGUUGCUGACCUGAAUUGCCCCUGGAGCAGCUACAAAAUAUUGUCUCACGAUGUGGAGAUAACCGCCCUGGAGUGGGACUUGCCGGGUUCGAAGCUGCUGGUGGCCGACGCCGAUGGCCUGGUGCAGAUUUUGGGCUCCAGCGAGCACAUGCUGAAUGACUGGAGUUGUCUGGUCUCGGCACAUUUCCCUGGCGAACAGGUACUAGCGGCGUCCUUCUUCCACAAUGGUCGCAAACUGGGCCUGGUGGCUGAGAAGAAGGACACGCCUCUCUACUCGGACAAGUUCACGCACGUGAAGAUCGCACCGACUGUGCGGUACUUCGGCGGCCAGCCUUUGGAGGGCUGCAUCGUCGUCACUGCCACUGGCAUGGUCGGGGUGGUUACCCUCGUCCGCGAGCCGGCCAAGGGCGUCGAAUCUCCGGAAGGACCGGCCUUCCACUCCCUCACUGCCUCUGAAAGCCUUGGGACCACUAGGCAACGCGUCCGAGCUGUUGACAUCUGCUAUGGAAAGAAUGGACAGUUUCUGGUCGCUGUCUCCGGUGGCAAGACCAAUUUGCCGAUCCAGUGCUAUGGGGUGUCGAUCAACAGAAAUGAGGAAAAGAUGACCAUCACAAGUCAGGCGCUGCCCAGCUUUUUCCUGCAGUGCAACACCCUCAAGGACAACAGCUACCAAAACGUGGUGCAACUUCGGUUUGUGGUACGUGAGGACGCCGACUCACUGGUUGUGACCUCAAACAGCGACACAGGCGGCAUCGUCGAGAUCUGGGAACUCAGGGAAAAAGUCAUUUCGGUACACAAAGUGCUUCAAAAGUCGUCCAGUCCGCCGCCAGAUCCAUUUGAAAUCGUGGUCUGGCAGCACCAGUCACACUGGCAGGCGUCGUCCAAGAUUCAGGCCAUGUGCACGACCAAAGGGGCGCUUUCAACCGCUGCCCCAGCCUCAACUUACGUCAUGGUGGCGCUCGAUGACUCAAAACUCUACUGUCUGCAUAGGGAGUCACUCAAGCAGGUGGCAAGUGCGUCGCUGCACUCGUCCUGGAGGUGCGACGAGCCUUCCCCGAAAAUGUCGAGGGGCCAGGUAAAUGCGGCCGCCAUGGAUCUGACCUGGGCUGGCAGUGCGCUCCUCGUCGCUGACACCAGAGGACAACUCUACUUGUACAAAGUGCUUCCAGUCGCUGAUCCAGGGGGUGGGCCUUUGACAGUCCCGUACGCGGUGACGCUCCUGGAGUAUUGUCUGAUAUCCGGUCUGGACUGGUGGGACGUCCUGCUGGCUUUGCGGCCGUCCAUGAUUGACGCUGUCUGCGACCGAUUCACCGAGUCAUUUAACCGACAGCCAGCGUGCACGCAGCAGCUGCUCUCGUCGCACUAUCUCUGCAUCAAGGCGUCCCUCAACCGGCUCUCAACCAACGGCCAGCAACGUUCCUCCGAUUUGCUCAACCUCGUCAUGCUGCACUCAAUCUCCACCGCCUUCAAGUCGCUCCUAAGACCGUCUGACCUAGUCAACCACGAGAAAAGCCCUGCUGAGGGCAUUGCUGCGGCAAUGUUGGAGCCUGUGUCGGACAUCAACCGCAUCCUGCUGAUCGUGGAGCCGAAAGAGUGCACCGUGGAGCCAAGUACGCUGCAGUCACUGCAGCAGCUGAUCCAGUGGGUGGCCGACCUGGCGCUCAACCUGCUCGCACGCAUCCCGGAACAACGCCAGCAGAGAAACUCGGGGUACGAGUUGAUCCGCGACGUGAACGCGCUGAAUGAAUUGCGAGAGCUGUUUGUCAUCAUUAAAAUCUGGGGCCUUCUACGGCCGACAUGCCUCCCUGUGUUUGUGCAGCUGACUGAAAACCUGGAUGUGCUCGCCCUUUGCUUCAAGCUGCUUUCACGCCUGGUGCAGAGCCCAGAGCCGGACGAGGCCCUCAUUGAUGAGUGCCUGCUGCUGCCAAGCCAAGUGAGGAUCCCGCAGAUCAGCUCGAGCAGCUCCGCCGCCGUCGUCAUGACCCCCGCCCUCUUCUACCAUCCGCUGCCCAUUCAGCUGGAGUUUGGUACAGAGCCGGAAAACCUGCAGAUGCCGGUGGAAAACAACCCUGUGGAAGGGGCUGUGCAGACGCAACAGGUGAUUGACUGCAUCAGACACGUUUUCCUCGGCAAGAGUCCCUACGCUGUUCGAGUGUGCUGCAGGUGCGGCGGGAUGUCGCAGACACACAACUCGCAGCGAAUAUCGGCGGCAAUCAAGGCGUGGGACCAGCGCUGGAUCAAGUCGUGCCGCUGCGGCGGCGCCUGGCGCCUUCACAAAUUCAGCCACUACUGACUCCGAUCAGCAGGCAAGUGAGAACGAAAACGAAAACUUAAAAGUGGACCAAAGUGAGUAGUCGUGAAUAGCGGAAAAAAACUGUGGUAAAGUGCUUCUGCGUUAUCCAACCAAACACAAUUAAUUGUAAUUAUUGAAAAAAUUAUUAGUCGUGAUGAAUUUAGAGUUUGAAUUGAUACAAUUCUUUUGAUAUUAUGUGGAAAAUAAAAUUUGCAGGGAAGCUGCAAAAGCGGUCAUGAUUUUCUUAGAUCAGAAGAUUGUGAAUCGUUACAGAUAAAUAAAAAAAACAACAAAGUUGUAAUGUAAGCAAAAUGAUUUUUUUAUUGAUGUUCUAAAUUAUGUUCGUGCAAGAGAAGUUUUUACUUAAUAAACCUACAAAACACGUAAAU